GGUCUUGCGGUCUGGCUUGUUGCAGUCAACGACGGCACAAGCCAGUCGGUUGGCCUCCCGUUGUAAACAGCGAUGGAGAAAACUGAAUACAUCGAUGUGCCAGAGUGGGUGAUCAUCCAUGAGCUCUAUGAAGGCGAGAACUCUCACGAAGCUUUUGAACUGGACUUUGACCGUGCCCUCGAAGCCGGACCAGCGUCCAUCAUCGUGGAGCCGAGGCGACUAGGCGAGGAAACGGCCCGCUGGAUUGCGCUCGGAAACUGCCUUCAUCAGACGUCCCUCCUGUCCGGAAUCGGAUCGCUAGCAACGACCCUUCUGCUGUGCCCACCGUCACCGACGCCGUCUUCUGCUCACACCCUGUUCGUGAUCGGCGCUCCGCUGGCUGGCGUGAGCGCUUUCUGUGCCACCGUCUACUCGCUGUCGUGGGCAACCGACCCCUGCAUCCACUACCAGGUCGAGAAAGAUCGAGCCGUGCUCGAUCGGCUACCACUCAGGGAACUUGCCAAUCCGCAGCCGCUAGUGCUGGUGCGCAGGGACGAGCGAAAGAAGCGAGCGGCGCACCUCAUCACAACAGGCCUGUCUGUCGGUGUGGUGUUGUGGAGGCUAUACCAAGUGUGGCGCAAUGGGGACGCUGGAGCCCUCCCGGCAUACAGCUAGGGCUCAUGUUAUGCACAGGCGUUUGGAAACAAAGUAUCUAGACAUCAACAAACAAGUUACAUGGAGGUGGCAAAGGUGAUAGUUGUGAACGCGAGCUGCUUCAUGCUGCCAGCGAGGACAGAUGCUCUUGCAAAUAAUGAAAGGGCAGCAGCUGCCUUGUUGACCCAUUUUUUGAUAGCUAAGAAAAAACAUUAUCUUUUUCGACUUAUUUUCAUGUGUAGGGAGUGUGAAGAAACUUAUUGGGGCGUAGUAUAAUUAUAAGUCUAGUUUAUCAUGUAUGCAAAAUAUUCCAAAAUUGAUGCAAAUAUAAGCGACGAGUGCCUUGUUUGAAAUGCUGCGUGAGGAUCUGUGUCUAAACUGCAGCUGUGAAUGUAGUUUUGUUGUGCGAACUAAUUGUCACACUUCACGCAGUGACAAACAGUAGCAGCGUUUUCACGAAUGCCUGUAAGCCAUCUUUGAGGGCUGCACGAUAUGGUUAUGUUUAUAAAGAAAAAAUGGUCGUCUCUAAAUACGUGAUGAAAUGUACUCGUACUUAUAUAAACAGGAAUAAGUUCCUAUUGUUUCUCAGAAUCUUUUCUUCCCAAGGCAGCUGCGGAAUAAAAGAAAGAAAUUGGUACUUAUUCCAUCUUGUUUGGAAGUUUAAUGGAAAGCAGAUAGCAUGCCCUUAUGAAUUAAACAGUGUUCUCAUUAAACAUUCACCAUGCCUC